UAAAAAAAAUUGUACCUACUAACAAUAGAAGUUUGCAGAGAUUUUAAAUUAGAUGUGAGGGCAGGGCACCUAAUGCGUUGGGUUUGGCAGCCACAAUUUGCAUUUGAUAGCGAAAAUUCAAAGUGAACGGUUUACGUAGAAAUUUGAGUGAGCAUUCGUUUAACCGAUUUAAAAAAGAAAUUGCAUAAGUUCUCAUAUUUUUCAAUAUUUUAACCGUUAUGGAUGGAAAACGGAAGAAAACGCGCCAGCGGAAUCGGCCAAGAAAUAAAGCAAAUCGUUUAAAGGAGGACAUCGGUCAGAGCUCGAAUAGUGAAUUAAAUAACACUGAGAGCGUAGCGUUAAAUAUUGUGGGUCAACAAAAAACACUUGUUAACGAAUGUGUCAAUGAGAAUUACGGAGCGCAAACAAGAACCACGCCGAGUGGUAGUGAAUUGCCAACGCAAACACCGCAAGAUUCGGACAAUGGUUUGAGAUUACUACAACAAAUGAUGCGCACAAAGCUUUUACAGCAAGGCAAAAAGAGCGAAAAAGGCAAUGUUGAUACAAAAGCCACUGAAAAGAUCGAUAAAAAGGGUCAAAAGAGUAGUGCUAGUUUGAGCAAAGGCAAAGAAAGUGGUAAAACUACAAAUGGGAAAGCGGCAGCGGCAAACAAAAGCCCGCCAGAUAACAAUUUACAAAAGCAAAGUGCAUUUGUUGCGAGUUUGCAGAGAAAAUUAGAGAGUUCAGUGGCAAACGGCAGCACCGACUUACCUAAUACUUUAUUGGAAAACCUACAAAAAUUACUGCAUGAGGGACCAAUAAGUGAUGUAGAGUCCUCAGACGACGAGGAGGAUUACAUCGAGUAUAUUUAUAGACCGCGGCAAUAUUUUUUGGUCGCCCUUUGCAAUUUUUGUAAAGAUGAGCUUACAGCGGAAACGAAAACUGUCUGCAAACGUUGCAAAUUGGCAUAUUACUGUUCGGGCCAGCAUAUGAAGGGUGACCAGCAACAUCGACAGAUUUGUUAUGCAUUGCAACAGGUGGCAGACAACUGUGGUGGUCAAAUUUUUCGUAAGUGCGGUGAAUUCACCGCUGAACAAUUUCGGUCCUAUCGCAUUGUUAUUAUACGGCAAAUAGAGUCCAUAAUAAAUCGCCCUUUGACAGCCACCGAACAGGAGGUAGUAUUGUUCCCACGGAUUUGCUGCAAUACAAGCUGCCGUGAGUACGAUUUCAAAAAGCUAGUGGACUGCGAAAACUGUGGACAAAUCGCGUACUGUCGCGAUAAGCCGGAACAUUUUAACAAAUCUCAUCAGGAUUGGUGCAAGUCAUACCAACUGUUCAAGAAGCUAGAGUUAAUGCAGGCCAAAGGUGGAAAAAUCGAUCCGGCAAUGCCUAUGAAAAUACUGCAUGAUAUACCGGGAGCUUGUUCUAAUACUAAGCAGAUUCUGAGCAAAUUAGACUGUGCCGUUCAGGAUGAUUGUGAGUUUUCUGCGCUUAGUCAAAUAUCUACAUGUCCCUUGACAGCUUGGUAUGCUUUGAAGUUAUGUGGGCAUUUGAAGAAGUCGGAAGAAAUUACUAUACAUCUCAUCGGUGCUGAAAUCGAGUUUGAAGUGGAUGCUUUACACAAGUGGGAACUAUUCUUCUUACAUAUUAAUCCGAAUACCAAAAAAUUAAAUGUGGUUUUUGUCGGUCCGGAGCUAAAUCAGAGUAAUGUGCCCUUUGAACAAUUGGCGAAAACAAAAUGUUGCAGGUCAUGUCGUAAAAUACAGCGCGUGGUAAGUUACCGUUUUCAAAACCAACUGUACCAUGAUUACUUCAACUUGCCAACAUUCAUGACACCCGAUUUAAUUUGCUUCUUCAACGCUGGCUUAUAUCGUUACAAUGGUUUUCAAAUGGAGGAUACUUGGCCUGAAACUAUACGUAUUGCCACGAAUAUAAAAUGCCCCAUUGUCGUUACAUCCUAUACGGCGUAUGAGGCGCCACUCGACAUUUCACGAUUGAUUCAAGAAUCCAGUCGAAGAAUUAAUGUUAUUAUGCCACCAACUCUAAAUCCAUUUGCUUCUAAGAAGCCAGAGCGGAACUUUAUAUCGGAUGAGGAAGCACCAUUGAUGUUUAAGAACUAUUACUGUUUCCUAGUAGAGUAAAUAAACAAUUUCUCAUGAAAAAUCGUGCUUCAGGCAACGAUGAAAAAUA